GCAAAGAAGAAUAUCGAUUUAGGUCAACUUAGUCAUGAAAGAAGUAAACAAGUGAACAACUUCAAAUUUUUACUAAUAGACCUAGAAGAUGUGGCUUAUUUAUUGAACCUUAUGUUGUGAAAUAUGGAAAUUCGCUGAUAAAGAUAUUUGAAAUAUGAGAUUUAUAAUGGACGUACUGCUCUCAUUUCUUAUCGUGUAUUUGAUCAGUGACCACGUGGAAGCCAGCCUCAAACAGAAAGUUUAUGCCUUUGACCAGACCAAGUACUGCCCUGAGAAUGGCGCUCACACCCAGACUCUGAUGCUAAAUGAGGAGGUCAUCCUGCUAGCCAAGUCAAAAUCAGACUCCUUCUUUGUCGACAAAUUUAAAAGCAUCUUUAAUAAAAGGGUGACAGACUGUGAGAUGAAGUUCAUGACCUCCUCAUUGGAUUCAAACAGUAAACAGGCCCUGCAGAUUGAGUUUGAGAGUUUUAACAUCGCCAAGGAUGCGUGUGAUGUCUCCCUCAAACUUCAUCAGAGUUCCACACAGUUCUUUACUAAAGACGUUAAAGAAAUGGCCAUCUUAACAUGUGGGAGUCCCAAACCGGCGACUCUAUACACAGAGGAAGGAUACGUAGUCCGAUUUCAAUUCAGGAGACCAGACAAUGACAAGGAUUAUUACAACUUUAGGAUCAGCAUUCAGCGCUCAGGUGGUGCAGCUAAGGAGAAGGGUAUAUCUGUUGGAGUCAAGAUUGGAGUCACAGUUAUUGCUGUUGCGGCGGCCAUUACACUGCUGCUUCUAGUGUACAAGUUUGUUAAACUUCGAUGCGAGACCAAAGACAUCGAAAACACAGCAGCAAAUUCCCGCCGUGGAAGUCAGCAAGGAAGUGAUUCAGAUGAGCUGGAACAUUUACGAGACCAUGCAGACAAUAAUUUUGUGAUGACUGACUUUCCGUACGCUAACAUGCCAAUAGUGAUCCUUAAUGGGGAUGAAGCACCGCCAGAUUACAAAGACAUAGCCCCACCAGCUUAUGAGGAGGCACUGCAGAUGCCUAAAGCAACAGAUGAGGCCACCUACAGCAAUGUGGGAUCUAUAAACAAUCAGGCUGACUCUAAUCUUAACAGAAACCAAGCAACCAGUCAAAAUAGUCUCCACAGCAACACAGAGGCAGCAACAAAUCAAUCAAACAGCAACAUAGCGGCAGAUCCAAGUCAACCAGGUCUGGUCAGCAACACAGAGCAAGCAACAAGUCAAACAAAUAUAGCAUCCAUUUUGCAACCUAAAGCAAGUCAUUCCUCAUAGCAAGUCAUUGUAAGACUUAUACUAAGGAUGGAUUUAAUAGAUCUAUUCAGUGUUUGUAGACCAGUGUGUGAUUUUAGAACCAUGCAGAUAUAUUGUUUAUAAAUUUUCUUUAUGCAAAAAUAUUUCUUUUUCCAAAGUAUUCAUGGUGUUUUGUGGUGAAAAUCAUGCUAUUUAAUAGUCCACAAAACUUCCU